GGCCCUUACAAUCUUUUCAAAAGGAAGAAGUGGUCAUCUUAACCUAAUAUUUUAGUCACAUAACCUAUGUUUUUGCUGUCUUUUCAACUCCCAAAUAAUGCAGAAAUAUAACUUUUUUACACAUUUAAAAUAGGUUAUAACAUAUAAAUUAAUUGCACAUCUUACAUUUAGAAUCUAGUAAAUAUGGGACGAAAAAUUCCAGGCAGGAAACAUAGAGGUGUAAAAGAUCCUGAAAAGCAAAAUGCAGAGAGUAAUGAAAAAAUUAAAAAUAAAAUUAAUGCUCCACCAACUGAUCCAGAUGAUCAGCAAGUUUCAAAAAGUUUACUGAGGAUUAUUGAACUUAAAAAGAAAGUAAAAGAGGGUCAGUAUCAGAAGAAGAAAAAGAAGGUACAAGGAAAAGAUGGGAACAAUAAAUCUAACUUUAAAAAUAAACCUAUACCACGCUUUCAACAGUUGAAUGGUGAGACUGAUCGAGAAUUUAAACACAGAAUAAACCGCAUAUGCGAUAAUGUGAUUAAAGAGGCAGCAUUUGAAGACAAAUUUAAUGUUGAUAUUAAGCGUAAUGAAAAAGGGCAGGUCGAGAGUGUUGAGAAGAGGAAACCUGAUGAACUAGAGAUGUUUUAUAAACAAGUAAGAAAAGAGAAAAAGCAGAAAAAGACUAAAAAGAAAAAAACUGAUAAGAAUGAAGAGGUGCGAUUAAGCAAAUCUCAGAAAUGGGCAUUAAAAAAGGCAAAGAAAAAAGAAGAUAAAUUAUUUGAAAAGGAAAAUGAUCAAGUUUUUGUUCCACAAAAAGAACAAGUCAAAUUUGGUGAAGUUGCACAUGCUCCUCCCACCCUAAUCAAGCCUAAAAAAGGUGAUAGCCAUGAAGGUGCUUUCAGACCAGGCCAAAAAUCUUUACUUUUAAAAAACUUGUUUAAAAAUGGACCUAAUACAAACGAUGGUAAAAAUAAGACCCAUAAAGCUGAUUAUCCAAAGGCAGUAAAAACUAUUGAUAAAAAAGGUAAACGCAAACAUUUACCCAAUGCAUUGAGAAGACAGUUAGAUAAUCAGCAAAAAGAAAUUGUUGAAGCUUAUAAAAUGUUAAAAGCUAAGAAAUAAAAUUUCUAUAUAUUAUAGGGAAGGCAUAAAAACAUUUGUUAUUAUAAAAUGGAACUCUGUUAAAUAAAAAACUAAAAAUUUUAU